UGGUAGCUGCGACCAUGUCCAGGGACAGCGUGCUGAUCGGCGCCUCUAUGGCCGCUCUCGUCGUGCUCUCCCUCGUCACCUUCUUCUGCUCCAACCGCCGCCGGGCGGUGCACACCUCGUCGCCGCAGCGGAGCGCCGUGGACGACGUGGAGCUCGGUCACCGCCGGCCGUGCGCCUCUGCCGCCGCCGCCGGGCUCGAGGAAGCCGUCCUGGCGGCGUUCCCUACGGAGGUGUACUCCUCGUCGAUCCGGCAUCGAGCGGCGGCGCCGGGUGGUGAGCGGACCAAGGAGGAGGCGACGGCGGACAUUGAUACGACAUGCGCUGUGUGCCAGGCCGCGUACUCGGACGGCGACGAGCUCCGGCGGCUGCCGGGGUGCGCGCACGCGUUCCACCGGGCAUGCGUUGACCAGUGGCUGCGGCGGCGGCCGAGCUGCCCGCUCUGCCGCAUGCCGCCGACGGCGUCAGCAUCUACGGACACGCAGCCAAGUGAAGAGAGCUAGGCCCUUGUCCCUGUCUGUCGGGACCAUUUGGUAGAGAGCGGCAAAAUGUGGCGUACGUUGUUGCUUUGCGUACCUGCAUGUCUCCUGCUUAGGUAUCUAGCCGCAAUGCCGAUCCGAGUACAUACGAGGAUGGUUAUCUCCAUGCGUGUCUCUUAUCUCAUAAACAAAAACUAAAGCUAGCU